UACAUUGCACUUUGCCCUGUGCUUGGGAAAGAUUGUUGAUUUUUACUAUGGUUUUACCAAGGUGUGAUAUAAUGCGCUGAGUUCGUUAGCUUGCUCAAUCGUUUGAAUAUAAUAAGCUGUGCACGGGCAGAAAGGAAGACACCUACAAGAUGGAGUUACCAACCUUGGAGGCCCAGCCGGUAGAGACUGAUCAAAUGAUGAAUGAAUCGCAGUGGAAAAGGCUCUUUGAUGAGUAUGAUGCGGAUCAUGACGGCUACAUCCCGUUGGCUGAGUUUCGGAACAUCAUGAUAGACAAGGCUCACACGCACGACUUACCGCGCUCCAAGCACGACGACAUCAUCAUGCGGGCAGAUAAGGACAACGAUGGCCGAAUCAGUCAGCAGGAGUUUGUCAACAUCAUGAUGAACCCGGAUCCGAGACUGAAUGUCUUCCAGUGGCUGGUGGAGAAGGGGGUGGAGAGUGUCGUUCCCCGCACCAGUACAACCACGGUGAAACACUACGUGCAGCAAUACAACUGCAUUCCGCCGCCCCUCUUCAUGAUACUUAUUAGUGUGGCCGAGAUCAUCAUCUUCAUAUACUAUUGUGUCGAGGCCGGCUAUGUAGGGGCAAACGGUCCCGUUCCUGUCCAUAGCAUUUUCAUAUACAACCCGCACAAGCGAAAGGAAGCGUGGAGAUACGCUACUUACAUGUUCAUUCAUGCUGGGGCGUUACACAUCGUGUUCAACCUCAUCAUUCAGAUCGUGCUUGGUGUUCCACUGGAACUUGUGCACAAGUGGUGGAGGAUCAUGUUUGUCUACAUCUGCGGAGUCAUAGCAGGGUCUCUGGGCACGUCAGUAGUUGACAGCUAUGUAUAUCUAGCUGGUGCGUCGGGUGGUGUAUACGCUGUACUGUCUGCCCAUCUCGCAAACGUCAUUAUGAAUUGGUCGGAGAUGGAGUUUGGCUGGGCGCGGUUGCUGUUUGUGAUAAUCCUCGCGGCAUCUGACAUUGCUACUGCACUCUACUAUCGCUACACGGGCGUCGAGACUGGCGUCGGAUACGCUGCUCAUUUCUGUGGGGCUCUGGCAGGCGUCCUCGUCGGCAUCGUCACGCUGAAGAACAUCGACGUGAGGCCGUGGGAGGAGAAGGUCUGGUGGAUCUCGCUGUCGGUCUUCCUCGCCGCAGUCAUGUUCGCCGUCUUCUGGAACAUCUUUUACUGCGGCUUCCCGGCCGACAGCCUCUCCGGCUUCUGUCGGGACUAGCCGGGAGGCGGAGGGACCAGGAGGACCGGGAGCGUGGCGACAAUCACCUCUGCCUGAUGCGAGGCAGGCAUCCUCAGGGUACGCACGUCUCCGUUCGUCUGUGCGUGCGUGCGUGCGUGCGUGGGUUGUACGUAUUUACUUGCUUACUACAAAAAAAUGUGGAAAUCUCGCUGUAUAGAUUGCGUCCCCAGAAAAUUUUGUCUCGUGAUUCGGAAGUGCUGUCUGGUGAGUUUUCCACGUCGUGUGUCAGUUGAAAAGUAUUCAAUCGAGUUAUGGUUAGUGGAACAAUUGUAACAGGGCUCCGUUACAUGCAAGACCAUGCGGUUUACACGUGUUUAGGCUCUCACCAAAGUAUCGAGUUAACACGUGUAAUAUUGAACUGAACUUAACAAAUCACGUUCUACUCACGUGUAGAUUUCACGUGCGCACUUCCCGUAUUCUUAGAAUUUCUACCCAGGUGUUCUCCCACACAGAUCGUGGUUAUGCGUGUCAACCCAGUUAGCAUUUAACAAACAUCUCGGGCGUUGGCUCAUUAUAUUUUAGCAAUGAUCAUUUUGUAAUUACCUACUCUACAUAUUAACGGAGCCCUGUUACGCCAUAGCGGUAGGUGCUGAGUGCGUGGGCAGACCCCCGAAUUGUAAACACCCGAGCAAUCCCAUUCGAACUUUUUGUGCAAUAUUCGCGAUUUGCGAGCUGUGGAUAUUCCCGUGCUAAACGAUAUCUACGCAUUUAGCUGCAUUAAUUGCACCAUUUACCCAGCACGUGCUUAGCAGUGCUGGCUUCAGUGCAUAGGCAGAGGUUAGCCGUUGCACCCAGCCGGUAGCAGAUGCACACGUGUUUAGGUAAACAUACUGCUCUGCUCGCUUGCACGCAUGGUGUGUGUGUGUGCAGUGUGCAGUGGUUUGUCUCGGGCAAGCGUGACCGUCCAAAGUUCAUGUUUAUUCAUAGAAUUGUCAGCACUUGCGUAAUUGGCCAUGUAUGUAUGUUAAAUUGACAUUGGGGGGGAACAGACACAGGUUAUUAUCGGUCUGUGUUACAACAUAUUGUUCAUGAAAAAUGUGAUUGCUAAAAUGCAUACAAUUAAGGGUCGAUUAGCAUUUUCGAGUGUGCUGUAUUGUGUGUACUGUAGUUUAUACUACCGGCCAUCUUUAACAGUAUAGUAGAAGUAGGCCUAUGAAUAUACAGAAUUUAAUAUUAAUUUGCAUGACAUUAUAUACCGAUUUAUUUGUUUGUGAUCAAUUGUAUUAGCUCGUUUAUUAUUACGUUUUUUUGUUAAUACUAUUUUUUUACAAGAGUAAUUUUUAAUAUUGAUUCUAUUGCCUAUAUUCCCAAGCAUGCGUCCCUCUUCAAUUCGACAUUUUAAAUGCCAAUUAAUAAUCAGGUAACGAUGAAUUCUUUAAAAAUAUUUUCUAGGUUGUGUUUACGAAUAGGUAAAUGUUAAGCAUAGUACUUAUAAUUCUAUGCAAGGCCACGUGCAUAAAAUAUCUUGUGUAUUCAAACCUAAUAGAUUUUGUUGCUGUCGAGGAUUUUAUGGUAAAUGUAAUGUAUACGACUGUAGUAUUUGUGCAGGCAGUGCUCAGAUAAAUUUUUGAUUAACAACUCGACCACAUCUAAAAUCAUUGGUUGGUAGGUUACCACAACCAAGAGAUUUGAGUGGCCUAAAAUAUCCAAGUAUAUGAUCAUGUGAAAAUACAAAAUCGCUAUGAUUUACAUGUGGAUGUAGUGACAGCUGGGACAGUAGGAUAGCUUACGUACUUUUAUAUAGAGAAGAGACUAAAAGAAAUUUUAGAUUUUGAUAAAAAACAGUAUUUAAACCAAGUAGACUGUUAUAGAAAUUGUCAUAUUUGAACUGGUAACCAAUGCGGACGGGUUUUUUCUCUUGUGAAAAUCGAAAAUGUUUAUAGAAGGCGAUUUGUGAUUAUAAUGGAGGCAAUAUAAUAACAAUCGGUAGUAAUAUAUCAGACAGAUAUGUCUAUAUGUAACUUCUGAAACAGUUAUGUAUAAAGCAUGUGAUGAUGUUAUUUUUACAGAUAUUAGUAAAAAAUCAUUUAUUGUCUAACUGCGAGUAGGGCGAAGUUAAUAUGUUACCUGUGCCUUCAUAUAAGCUUAUGUUGUUGAUUUUAAAUGAGACAAUAAAAAUGCUAUAUGUGAUCUA